GGCCUACUACAGUACUGUAUUUUAAUGUUAUCAUUAUGGUGGUACUUGGAGAACUAAUCAUUUUGUUAGGGGGUACUUGGUGUAAAACAACGCCUGAUUUAGAUAAACAGUACAUGGAGGCAACAAAAUAAUGAAUGUGAAACCACAUGGAGAACUUACACCUGCCUUGACUGAUCUUUUGGUUCAAUUUGUUACGAUUGGCUCACUGAGCUGUCCACUAAACAUUGGAUUGGACACUGAUCAGCUGGGUUGUGGAAUGAGUGAUAUGGAACUUCAACUUUGUCCUCUGAAUCAUACUUAGAAGUUCCUCUCAUAUGCUCAAGACACAGAGGAGUGCAUUGAUCAGGUCGAGUGUUUUGAUUGCUGCUGCGCUCUUUCACUAACAUUUGAUCAGCUUGUUGGAUUAAUAACACCGGCCUUGGACAAGGUGAAACCCUCUUGCCUUCAGCUUGAAAGGAGAACGAAAACAUUUUAGGCAGGUUUCAGCGGAGAGCAGCAGUAAAAGGCGGGAUGGAUCUCAUUGACCUGCUCUUCAGAACCAAAGAUGAAACCAGCACCUGCCAUGGCAACCCACCGUGGCCCAUCACCAUGUAUGACGCGGAGAGCCCAGACGGAAAAGGUCCCGACGACUUUUUGGACUCUCUGCUGGCUGGCAGUGAGUCUUCCUCAGCUACGACCUCUCCUCCGUGGUCCCCUCUCACCCCGGAUAGCGACAUGCCCGACUUGGCCGACGAACUCCAACUGCCCUCCUGCGCUUCAUUUCCAGGCUUCACAUCCGUGCAGCUUCCACCCUGCAAACAUGAAAAUCAAAUUACGCCUGAUGUUUACAUUGAUCUGGGCUGGGAGUCUGAUGGCCUCCAGGAGAAGCUGGGAAUGGCGUACUACCGCACAUCAAAUCAAAGUUCCACAACGUCAUCAAGUCAGACGCUUACAGUGAAGGACCUGCUCUUAUCCAAUCUGGGAAAGAAAAUAAUUCCCCAGCAUCCUCUGCAAGAGCUUGCUCUUAAUGAGGAUGAGAAGAGACUUCUAGCAAAAGAAGGCAUUAACUUGCCCAGCGAACUGCCUCUAUCUAAGUGUGAGGAGCGUGUUUUGAAGAAGAUCCGUCGGAAAAUACGCAACAAGCACUCAGCUCAAGAGAGCCGCAAAAAGAAGAGGGAAUAUGUGGAUAGUCUGGAAGAAAGGAUGUCUGCAUGCAGCGCUCACAACCUCCAGCUGCAGAGGAAGGUCCACAGACUGGAGGAGACAAACAACGCUUUGCUGGAGCAGCUGAGCCAGCUCCAAGCUCUCCUGCCUAACAGCUCCAACAAAACAACACAAAGAGGGACCUGCCUCCUGGUUUUGCUCAUUUCCUUCUCUCUCAUUAUUUCCUCAAAUAUGAAGCCAGAUCCCUACAGUCAACCAAGCCAAGGAGAGUACAAAGAGACCUCAGUGCCGUCACGCUCUCUGCAGUCGGUCGACGAAGUGAAAGAGGUCGCUUCUACUCGUCCUCCCUUCUCGUUCUCCGGGAGCAUGGCAGCCCUCAGUAGCGUAGCGGAGAAGCUUUUGAAAAGGCUGCCCAACGGCGAAGCUGCCAGCAUCCCAGCAGCAUGAUCACAGGCCGAGCAACGACCACUGAUGUCUGCGGACCCUCGGGAAGAAAUACACAGCAAAGGCUUUCAGGCGCAGCAUCCAAAUGAGUCUCACUGGUUUUCAGCACGGCUUUCUCUAUGGGCGGGAAAGAGGAGUCAUCAAGUGGUUGUCAUAACACACAAAUAACAUGUUCAAGUUGAUAGAGGUCAGAUGUCACUCUUAUGCCACUUUGGAACAGCUGCUAUGUACUGUGGUGAUGAUAUAGGACUUCCUGUUUUGUGCACUAUGAGCCAUCUAGGAUAAUUUUAUUAUCUACAUUAAAUGUGUUGCUGGUGAUCACACAGAUGAGUGAUUUACAAGGCUUUUUGGAAUGGUUCAAAUGAGGCACUCCUUGGAAAAUGUUGAAUAUUUUCAAAAUAACUGCAGCACAUUUUUUCACAUUGUUUUCAGCUGGGAUAGGCUCCAGCACGCCCGUGACCCUAGUGACGAUAAGCGGUAUGGAAAAAUUGAUGGAUGAAUGAAUCAGUCUGUUGUUUUAUAUGAGGUUCCUGCCCAUUUUAAAUCCUCCAUAAUCAUCCCAGUCCCAAAGAAGAACUGUGUCCAGGACCUCAAUGACUACAGACCCGUGGCCCUUAAAUCUGUGGUCAUGAAAUGUCUAGAGCGGCUGGUUCUGUCCCAGCUCAAAUCCAUCACAGCUCCCCAUCUUGAUCCACUGAAGUUCAAAUACAGAGCAAACCGCUCAGUGGAUGAUGCAGUUAACCUUAGCCUGCAUUUUGCUCUGGACCACCUUGAUUAUCCUGGCUCUUAAGUCAGGAUACUGUUUGUGGAUUUCAGUGCAGCCUUUAAUACAAUCACACCCGAGUGGCUGCAGGGGAAGAUGUUACUGAUUGGGGUGGAACCCUCUAUCUGCCGCUGGAUUAUGGAUUUCCUCACCAACAGGCAACAGCAGGUGCGGCUUGCCCGUUACAUGUCUGAUCUCCAGUCCACCAACAUUGGAGCACCUAAGGGGAGCACCAUUUCUCUAUUCACUAUACACCAGUGACUGCACUUCAACCAACAACUCCAUCAUGUUGAUCAAAUUUGCAGACAAUACCACCUUGGUCGGCCUUAUCAAGGGCAACGACGAGUCUGCUUAUAGGUAGGAAGUGUCUCAUCACUCGAUCUGAUACUCUUUUCACCUCCAAGACAUUCUUAACCAACUCUUCCUUAAAAAUAAGCCCUACUCCAUUUCUUUUCCCAUCUACACCAUGAUAAAAUAAUUUGAACCCUGCCCCUAAACUUCUUGCCUGACUGCCUUUUCAUCUUUUUUUAAACCGAUCCGUAAUUUGUGGAAAACCUCAGUGUUUUUUCCCAAAACUUUUUGGGGUUCCCCCUGUUUUCGUAUUGUCUAUAUGUGCCCUAAGAUUGUCUGGUGACCAGUCCAGGGUGGGUGCCAAGGGAAAAACUCUGUUUAAGGAAGAAACAUGGAACAGAACCCGGGUUCUGUGGUGCCACUGUCUGCCUCAGCUAGUUGGUUUGAGAUGAAGAGACAGAGGGACAUAGGGUAGAUAGAGAGAGAAUAUAGCUGGAAGAGGAAUGAGCGAACAAUGGGCACAACAACAGCUAUAUCAACCACAGUAAUAGUUCCAUGGUGACUGCAACAACGAUGAUACUCCCUCCAGAAGCAGAAAACAGUAGCCAUAGGUGGCGGAGCGAAAGACAAAGGUAGUAACAUACUAAAUAGAUUCUGCUGAGCUAAGUAGGAUAUAGAAAAGAGAAAAGGGAGAGAAGCUUGGUGCAUCAGGAGAGAGCAGAUAGUAGUGUUAAAAUCUGCAUUUUGAGUUUCUUUUUUUAAAUUUCUGCAUUAAAUUUAAUUUUAUUCCAAAUCCCUUAUAUGAAAGUACACUGGAGUCAAGAACACAUUAUUUUUUUCCACUCUCUACUAAGUUUAAGACAUGUGAAGGUCAUUCACAGAUGAAUAAAAAGCAUCUUUCUCACCAUUAGAUUCAAACUCACCCAAUGUUCUCAGUCCUGAGAAAUGUAAUUAAUGCAUGAGUGAGGUAAAUGAAGUGAAACGCUAAUAUAAAGAGCAAUUUUAGUCACUCAAAGCCAUUUCCCUUCAUAAUAAUUUGUGUGCAGCCAUUCACACAGAAACAAAAACAGCAUAUGAACUUCUGCGUUAUUUUCGUUCACAUUUUGCCUCAUUUAUAGCGCAUGGGUUGACAUUAGGGGAAUGCAUUUGCAAAUCAGUGGUGCAAGACACAAAAUUAGGUCAAUAGUAGACUAAAAUGCUUUGGAAUGCUUCUGGAGAAUACAAAUGAGCAGCUUCACAGCUUGAUUCGGUAUCUGUCUGACUGCCUUUCCAUUGGUGUCAGUGCUUGUUCAAAGGAAAACAAACAAACAAUAAACUCUACAUCAGGGCAACAUGAGCAAGUUCAGGAGGAAAUUGACACCUGUGUCCAUGCAACCUCCUCCCUCGGACACAGUGGUGCAUUGACUGUGUUAAUUAAAAACACAACACUGCCUUGUAAGAAAUGCAAAUAGUCCACAUCCACGUCUCUCUCUCUCGCUCUCUUUUUUGCUCUCUCUUUGACUCAACGUAUUUGAAAUACGUCUGAUAAGCGUCAUUUCGCACUGACGUUACAAAACCUUGCAGUCCAAAGAAUGCCGUUGUACAAAUACCACCCUGCAAAAUCUGAUUUCACAUCAUAUGCAUAAAUGUAAAUGAUGAUAUUUGGACAUAAUACCAGCAUGGGUGAACAAAGACUGCAAGCGUAUGGAAAAAAUUGACAUCACUGCUUUUGCUUAAAGCAAUGAUUCUUAAAGUGUGGGACAAGUACACAGAGUUGCAUGUGGGCUUUCACGAGUGAUUUAUGAAGGAAUCCCUGAAUUAAAUGUUAAAAAUGUG